GCCGACUCCUCGAGAUGCGAGAGGGAACUGCGCCUUUUCUGGUGGCGGCCGUGCGCACGGAUCGCAGUUUACGCGCAGGAAAGCACAACAUUUGAUGCGCGGGGAGGCAAAUUCUGUCCUCAUGUUUCCAAUUAAGCGCCCAUAAAUCCAGCUGACUCAACGUCGGGUGACAUUUACAGCGCAGAGUACACACUCGCUGGUGUUGUGGUUGAUGAUUUUGGAUUUAAAUUGUCAGGCUGCAGACGAGAGAGCAGAUAUUACGAGCAGGAACAGGCUGUAAUGUUGUUGUUUUUUGUAAGGGUGGGGGGGGACCCAGAGCUGAGCGCCCUGGCAGUGAAGGAGUUGAGCUUCUAGAAAAGUUGCCACAGGUAGACUGAAGCCGUGUGUCAGAUUAACGGCAGUUGGGCCCAGAGGGGGGGACACGGCACUGGUUUGACGACCAGGAGACUGUGACCUAUAUUUGCACAGCGCGGUAAAGCGGAUCGAACGAGGGCUGCGUCUGCAACUGCGCUGCUUCAAGGGGAUCGGAAAUAAAAGGGGAACUGGUCUUUCAUCAGCGCGUCAGCCUCAGUUAGAAGUGAUAAAAAAAAACCAACGGUGGUGUGUCUUUGUUGGAGCACUGCUGGACAAGUCUCCCUGAAACAGUGUUCUCCACUGAUGUGGAGGUUUGAAGAUGACUAAACUGGUCGUCUCCACUCUCCUCUGGUGCAGUUCUGCAGCUUUAAAACAAAAACAAAAAAAAAACAACAAAAAAAACAUGCUUGGAGCAGUUGUGACAGAUUCGUAUUCAAAUGUUCGUGUUAAUGGCAGUGUUUGCAUCUAUUGCACUCUUAAUUGAAGUCCAAACAUACCCACUCAGAGCAUUUUUGGUGGAGGGGUGGAGGAGGUGGAGGAGGAGUCCCCAGCAGCUCCGCCAUUGCAACAAACUGUUUUUAAAAAAUGAAAUUAAAAAAAUAAAACAAACAAACAAAAAAAAACUGCAGGAGUGGAUUUUAUGCAUCUGUGAAUUAACAGUAACGUAGCGGCUGAUUUGAAUUUCCAGACAUCCCUCUUUUGCAGUCCAGUACGCACGGGAUGAACCCCAACCCCUGUGCAAGGUCUCCACCUCCCCCCUCCCCUCCUGACGUCAUGCACCGAGCUGGAGCUAGUGCGCGAAGAGAGCUGCUCGCAGCCGCACCACUGUGAAUAUCUGUACGCUCAUAGCCAGCGCCGUGGAGUGUGCGGAGGGAGGGAGAGCGAGCGAGGAGAGCGAGGAGGUGGAGGGAAUACAGUUGGAUUUGGACACAACUGGAAAACUACCAAGCGCGCACAGCACGCACCGAGCGGAAGGCACAUCGACGGGUGCCGUAGCCAACACUUCACCUACUCCCCCCCCCCUCGCCGUCGACGUCCCCCUUGCGAUCGGAUCCAGGCGAGAAUGGAGCUCCCCGCCGCCGGAGAGCACGUCUUUGCGGUGGAGGGCAUCGAAAAGAAGCGCAUCCGCAAGGGCAAGAUUGAGUACCUGGUCAAGUGGCGAGGAUGGUCUCCCAAAUACAACACAUGGGAGCCAGAGGAAAACAUCCUUGACCCGCGCCUCCUCGUCGCGUUUCAACACAGAGAGAGGCAGGAGCAGCUGAUGGGAUACCGUAAACGGGGGCCAAAACCAAAACAUCUUUUACUGCAGGUACCAUCAUUUGCCAGAAGAUCCAGUAUCCUUGCAGGUUUCGAGGAAUCAUCUCAGGAUGCAGAGACCAGCGUCAAGUCCGAUCCCAUCCAGGUCCAGCGCCCCCAGCCUCAACAGUACCAGCUGAACAGCAAGAAGCACCAUCAGUAUCAGCCCAGCAGCCAGGAGGUGCCUGCUGAACAGCUAACCAACGGCAAGAAGAAGUUCAUCUACCAGCUUAACAGCAAGAAGCACCACCACUACGAGCCUCACCUGAACAUGUACGACGCACAGGCCUCGAGGCUCAAAGAGGUGGUCAAAGUUCAAGAACCGGCCAGUAAACCAGCAAAUCCUGGCUGGAACUUACCGCUGGCCCUGCAACAGAAAUGGGUUCGGGACAAAGACACAGGCUGCUUGAGCAAGGUCAAAGAGCUGGCAGUGGAGGUCAGGAAACCAGCCGUUAAAGAGGCUGAGAGCGAACAUGCCCUUAAGCCCAAUCCUAAAGAUGCAACCCUACCUAGCUCUAUCAGCAGCAAAAUGAAGAUAAUCAAGAACAAAAACAAGAAUGGACGUAUUGUUAUUGUCAUGAGCAAAUAUAUGGACAACAAGGUUCAGGGAGCCAAGGGUAAACACGGGGAAUCGUCAAGCGAAGAGAAACCCCAAAACGCCAAACCAUCGGAGAACAAUCCAGCGCACACGACCAAAAUGUUGGAGUACCCGGAGAACGGUAUCCCCAAAGAGCUCUGUAACGGCAGCUCGCUCCCUGCGGCAGAGCAUCCGAUGAAGUGUUCCCAAAAGGACAGACAUUUCUCCAAACCUUCGCCGAGCACAGCAGAGGAAUACAACACUGAGGUGGCUCGCGGUCAGGCGGAUUUACCAGACGACCUACCCCUUCAGCUGACCGCUAGCUCACCCAUGACAUCGUGGUCCGUCGACUCCAACAUCCCGACCCCUACAGCUGUCGACCAGAUCAGGAUCCCCUCUUUUCCAAACGACCGCAAGCGAAAGCUCACGGAUCCCACCGAGGACAGGGGUGUUUCUAAAGCGUACCUGACUUCCAGAAGCUUCAGCGUCCCCAGCACUGUGCUCACGCCGCCUCAGGACAAACCGAUGGACCUCCACUGUAGUGGCCCACGCCACAGCAGUACAUGUGCAUAUGAGGACUCUGGCAGCCAAGAGGAACCGAUGGAUCUCAGCUGCCCAAAGACUAAGAAGCAGGUGGAACCGGAGGUACAGCUGGAGCCGGAGCCGGAGCCGGAGCCUGCUGUCGAAGACACACCUCCUGUGGUCGAAGACACCCAGCCAGCCACAGAGAAAUCUACAAAAGCACCUGUGAAAAAGAUCUCCCCUUUUAUGGGAAAUAUCAUAAUCACUGAUAUCACAACGAACAGUCUCACCGUCACCUUCAAGGAAUACGUGUCUUUCUGAGAAACCUUUUUGUAAAAUGGGACUACCUGUUAAUAUGUGCAUAUGUAAAAACCUCAGAAUUUUGUAUAUGUGGAAAUUUAUAAUUUAUCAUUCAAAUUCAAUAUGUUUCUUAUAAUGUUUUAUACUGUAACUCUAUGAUGUUGUAGCCAAGAAAGUGCCCUCGAGGAUUUGAGCGAAUGCAUUCAGGUGGAUGUAUUCCAUCUGCCCCCCCACCCAAAAAAAAUCAGUUUAUUUGUCAGAUGGAGCUUAAUGGGAUACUUUUGCUGUUGUUUCAUAACUGUACCAAACGUAUAAUCUGAGAUGUAUGAAGGUUUAUACAUAUUUUGUAUGAAUAAUAUCACUUAUUUUGGUCCUGAUACAAGGUAGAAAGGAAGUUGUUGGGUAUAUGUGAUCGAAGAUCAAAUGAAAGCACUUAAUAACAUUUUCACACGUUGGUUUGUGUCAUUACUAGUGGUGAGACAGCUGUUCCCUUAAAGUCUUAUUUCACUGAUUGUUACUCCCAGACAGAUAUCGUUGGAAUGAAUUGGUUUGUUUUGUUACAGGUGCGUCUGAAUACAGUGUACACAAACUGUGGGACGCACUCUGCCACGUCCACAACUUUUAAGACUUUUUUUUUUUUUCUUUUGUCUCUUGAGAUGCAUCAGAGCUGUCAGUGAAUAUGCUGUUGCAACCUGAUCUACUGUAUAUUGCACAUUUCACCUUUAGCAAACAUUAGUGGCGACAUGUAAUUUUCCAAAAGGUCAGUCACCAUUAAGAAAAUCAUGUCAUUCAUCAAAAUGUGCGACUUCCCGUUAGGACAACAUAUUGAUUCAUACCAUGAUUAGGUUGUGAUUUAUGACCUCAUUCAUUAUUGACCUCACAACAUUGCUGGAGUUACUUUAAUGAAAGCGCGCUAGUCUUGUUCCGAGUCUCCUGACAUGAAACAGCUUAGCGAUAUUCAUCUCAUUUAGCUAAUGAAGCUCAUUAAAUGAUCUGAAACACACGUUAUGCUACUUGCUUUAGAAAAGGUGACCAGGGUCAUUAAUGAGUAUGUUAUGCAGAUUCAAAUGUGAGUUGCGAGGCUGACUGUUGUAUACUGUUACAGGCGAUCCAACGAGUGCAGGCUUUUCUGAUUAUGCUGCUGAAGAUUCACACGUCACAAGCUGUUGGAUGUAACCUACAUUUGAGUCGAAAAUUGCCUUCCAUGCACAUUUGAUACAAAACCAGUAAGAAUGCUAAAAAAAAAAAAAGCUAUGAUAAAAGUGAAGAGUGCAUAUUUAUUGAUGUUUAAUUUGAUCAUAAAACUUGACAAGAUGUUCUUUGCAUCAGAAGCUGCAAGUAAUUUGCCCUCUUUGAAGACAAUUUGGGUCCGUUUGCUCUUUUUUGUUGAUCUUUGGCUUUGUUUUGUUCUUUUUCUUGCACUUGGUUCGAAUACGAUUGUUAUAAAGGAUCUUAUACCACGAGUUGGUUGACUUACUGCCGUUGGCACAGCUUAUUGGAUGGUAUGUUUCACAAUAAAGAAUGAGAUACGA